UUUAUUCUUCUAGAAGAAAAUUUAUUCUUUUUUCAUUUAAUAAUUAGUUUCUUCAAAAUUUGUCAUUUUUUAGAAAUAACAUUAAAAAUGAUUAUUCAAGAUGAGAAUCGCCUAAAAACUUGGAUUUCACACAUUGUUGAGGACAUAAGUGACGCAGAACCAGAUGCUCUAGCUAAAUAUGUUAUUGCUUUGGUGAAGAAGCCUCUGGCUGAAAAUGUUCUUGAAGAAUUGUGUCUAGAAAAGCUUUCUGUUUUUCUCCAAUCACAUACCGAACCUUUCGUCAAUCAACUUUUCGCUACGCUAAGAUCGGAAAAAUAUCUAACUCAAAAAGAGGAUGUUGUAACUGCUGCAGAGGCAAAAGAAGAAUAUGUUAAGGAGCAGGUUGAACAAACAAAACAGGACGAGGAUGCAAUAACUGCUGAGACUGAUGAGUUGGUUUUGACUGAUCCUGACAGUCCUGAACAAGUGCCUGUUGAAAAGAAGAAAGAGGAUCAUCAAAAGAAGACACAAACGAGAGCAUCAGGCAUGGUAACUUCAUCAAAAUCCAUUCGUGAUGAACACCGAGUUGAUAAAGGUAAAACUGACAAGUCGUCUCCACACAGUGGUAGCAAGUCAAGCCGUUCAGUCAAGGAAUCCACAUCAACAACUCGUAGUAAAGGAACUAGUGGAAGUAGUACUACAGGAACUAGUACAACGACACAUGCAUCACACACGUCGACUAUAACGACGACUGCAACAACCACAAAAACCUCUUCAACGCAACAACAACAGACUGCCUCACAGCCAACUGGUCGACCUUUCCGGAAACGUAUUUCUCCUCCACGUUCUAACAGUGCAGAACGUCGAGGUGGAGGUGGAGCAGAACGUCGUGUUUCGCCUGUAGCCAGAAGACGAGUAGUUAUUGGGAGAGAAACUGGCAAUAGUACUAGUGGUGGACCUUCUAUGCGUGUUACUACUAGACAUUACCGUGAAACUAGACGAGCACGUUCAAAGAGUCGUGAACGUUCUCGAUCACCUGUGCAUGAAAAACGCUUAGUUGCUGAUUUUGACCUGCGUUCAUUACGUCGUCAUCGUUGUCGUGAUUUCCAUGAGAAAGGCUUUUGCAUGCGUGGGGAUGGUUGUCCAUAUGAUCACGGACCGGAUCCUGUUGUCGCCGAUGCCACUGCUUUGGAAAAAAUUGUUCGUGCUAGUGGAUCUGUUUUUGAUACAAGUAGUUCUUAUGGAGUAAACCCACCUCCACCGGGACUUGAAUCUUCUGGGUCUAGUGGAAAACCGUUGAGCGGUGGAGGAAGUAUUUCUGAAGGAUAUAAUCCAGAGGCUCCUGCACUUACAACACCAUCGAUGUCGAGCAUUGACUUUUCAGUUCCGCCACCUCCAAUAUUACCUCAUCAAAUACGUACAGCAACAUCACUUUCAGCAUCUCAACAUCUUAUUUAUCCGCCUGGUACUAUUCCGCCUCCACAACAGCAACUUCCGACAGAAAUUAUGAAUGCUUUAUUGCCUUCUUCAUUUGGAGGUGGAACGACUUCGACAGGCGGUUUUGUUCAUUUUCGUCCAUCUCAAAUUAGUGGAGGUCAAGAUGCUUCAGCAACUGUUACUUCAUUAACUGCUUCAACUUUACCAACCCAAACAACUGCAAUUUAUGGUUCUCAAACCUCUGGUGGCGUUGGACAAAAUAAUCCUGGAUUUGGGACUGCAAAUAGCGGAGGAGGAAUGACAAUGCGUGGAGGACGUUUUAAGCCUUAUAGUUUUCCUGCAAAUCGUAAUCAAACAUCAAGAAGCCUUUUGGUGAAAAAAAUUCCUCAAGAUUUGAACAAAAUUGCGCAACUUGAUCAGCAUUUUAGUCGUUUUGGUCAAAUUACAAAUAUUCAAGUUCAAUAUGAAGGUCGACCAGACACAGCAUUAGUUACUUUUAAAACACGUCGUGAUGCAAUGGCUGCUUAUAAGUCUGUUGAACCAAUUUUGAACAAUCGUUUUAUUAAAAUCUUUUGGCAAAAUGAUAAGAAUGCUUCGACAACUGAGGAUGGAAAUGCUGGGAUGACUGAAAAUACAAAUCCGAAUACUACAUCAACUGGAGGCCCAACAAUACCGUUGUCUAAAAGACCUGUUUUGCGUCCAUUAGGAACUUACAAAAAGACGUUUAUCAAACCUCAAACAGUAUCAACAAUAGAAGAAUCUGCACCUGCUGUUGACCGCGCAGAAGGAUUGGAAGGAAAUGAUUCGCUCGCAAAGACAUCUCAAUCAACGACUACCAAUUCUUCCACUAUUGUUGCUUCAAGUACUUCAAAUAUUUCAAUAGCAACACAAGCUGGGAAGAGUCGUGCCGGAACUUUUGCGAAAUUAGGAAAGAGAAAAUCAAUGGAUCGUGAUGUUCUUAGCCGACUUAAAGAACUUCAACGAAUGAAGACUGGAUUAUAUGCUAAACUUGUGGAACAACAAAAGACAUUGCUUGAAAAAUUGAAAGGAACUGAAGACAAAGAACAACGCAAACGAUUAAUAGCUCUUGUUAAAAAGUCGGAAAGUACUUCACAAGGAACUAAAACUGAAUUGGAACAGUUGGCAAAUAAGAUUCGUAUUGUUGAACAGCGUCAAACUGGUAAACAAUUAAGAAUGACUUCAAAUCUUGUUUUGACAAAUGAAAAUGCUAUUGGACAUGAUGGGAGUAAACUGGAUAAGGAGGCUCCAAUUGGAAAUUCUCCUCCAAAAACGCCAAAUAAAAAAUUGUUCAAAUUGUGCCGUGUGGUUUAUGCUUUGAAUUGUCCACAAGAACAAGCUGAAAAACUCAUUGUUUAUAUGGAAAAAUUUGGAGAUUUGUUUGACUAUGAUAUUAAUACGGAGCCUAUGGUCUUCACAUACAAGGAUCCAAUGUCCGCUCAAAAGGCCGUUUCGCAUGCGACUACAUCACCUUUUCCCAAUGCAAACAUUACUAUUGAAUGGGCACCAGUUUCUAAGAGUGUCAGCAACGGUCAACCAAUUAUUCCAGAUGGAGAGAGAAAACCAUCCGAGCAAGUAACUCCAAAAGAUUUACUUGCCUCAUUAGAUUAUGAUGAAGAUGAAGAACACAAAGAGGAAGAGGAUGAUGAUGAUGAACACAGAAGCGAUGGUGAAAUUGAACUUGAAGAAGAUUUUGAUGUUAAACAAGAAAUGGGCGAUAGUUUAGAUGAAUAA